AUGUUUCUGUUUAUGCAAUGGGGUUUCUCUGCAUACUCUUGCUUGACGAAAGUCAUUCUCAUCUGGCGUCUAUAUGCCCUAUACAACCAAUCCAAGCCCAUACUUUAUGUUCUAAUGGGCUUGCUUAUACCUAUCGUCGCGCUCUAUAUAGCGGUGGAUGUAUUUUUGUGGAGUCGACCCUCAGCUAUCUCAAGUGAAUUUCUACUUCAAUCGAAUUCUGUGCAAGCUGAUGCCUUGGUGCGUAGUACAAGAAAUAACAAUCACCCCAAACAUCAAGUACUGCACGGCUUUCUUCCACGUCGGACCCAUGCUAGCGAUAUAUACUUCCAUCCUCGUCAUAUGCUAUGAUAUUUUGCUGGUUGUUCUCGCCAUUACCCUCCUGGUGAAGCACCUGAAAGAACGGAAGGAGCUUAAAAUGAAACCAAACACCUAUAUAGUCUUGAUCAUCCGAUACCAUGUCAUAUACUUUGUCCUGAAUCUGGCAGUUCAAAUCUUCUCAGCGGUAUUGUGGGCCAACCUUUCGACGGAAGUGAUGAAUAUCAUACCCUUGUUCUCCGAUACUGCGCUAUUUAUUAUCGUGCCACGUCUUAUCAU